CCACUCUUGGGCCUUGGCCGACACCGUCACCGACAUUCUACUCGGUUUAAACUUUACCUCUCACAAUCCAUAUCCUUUACCGGGUUCUCGCUAUCUUUCAGGCUUUAACGCCACAUCCUAUACACUAGAUGCAAGACGAGACCCCAUGGCCAAGCGCCCAACCUAAUCAGAAUAACACAUUACUCACACCGGCGGCGGCUGCGGACGACGGACAGAGCAGUCUACGCUCCUCGGCAGAGGAGGUUUGGUAUCUGAAGGACAUCUCACUUUUUGACGGACAGGGUUACCGAGGGUACAAGAUCAUAACGCAGAACUUCAAUGGACCGUGCUCUCUAAUCGCAAUAUGUAAUAUACUUAUAAUGCGCGGGGACAUCCAAAUCCUACCCCCCGAUCGCACCACCGUCUCCUACGACCUCCUCGCCCAGCUCGUCGCCGACUACCUGCUCACGCACUCCCCCGACGUCGACAUCUCAUCCGCGCUCUCCAUGCUCCCCCUGACCACCAAGGGCAUGGACCUCAACCCGCUGUUCACGAGCCCCACGGCGUUCCGCCCAGCAGGGGACACGGGCGCGCUCGACCUCUUCGCGCGCACAGGCAUCGCGCUCGUGCACGGCUGGCUCGUCGACCCCGCGAGCCCGGAGCACGCCGCCAUGACGCGGCUGGAGGACUACGAUAAUGCCGUGACGCUCAUCGCGGAGGCGGAUCACCUCAUGAGAGGCCAGCUGGUGCGGAACGAGGACGCGGACUUCGGGGCACAUGGUGAGGCGGGGCCGAGUGCGGCGGGGCCGAGUGCUGCAGGGCCGAGCAGUCAAGGCUUUAACCUCAAUGACGUGGACCGGAGGAAGGUCGAAGACGCGAUGGCCGCGCGCGCCUUUCUCGACGCCACGCAGUCGCAGCUGACCUACCACGGGCUCUUCACCCUCGCGUCUACGCUCCCCCCCGCGCAGCCCGUCGCGCUCUUCCGCAACUCGCACCUCGCCGUGCUCUACACGCCACCGGGCGCCGCGGGCGUGCUCUACACGCUCGUGACGGACCAGGCGUUCCUGCACGAGCCGUCGGUCGUGUGGGAGCGCCUCGCGGACGUCGAUCAGGGCAGCGCGGCGUUCGUGGACGGCGCGUUUAGGAGGAGCAGCCCGGCCGGGGGGGACUGGGCGGGGUAUACGGGCGAGAGCGCGCUGGCGGCGCUCGAGGGGGACCAGGGCGGCUUCGUCGACCCCGCAGAUCAGGCGCUCGCGAGACAGCUGCAGGAGGAGGAGGAUCUGCACGCGCAGCAAGUGUACGCGCGGCGGCAGCGCGAGCGGCAGGCACAGCAGCAGCAGCAGCAGCAGGGUCAAGCACCAGCAUGGGCGCAGGGCGCGAGCCAGGUUCCUUCGGGCGAGCUGGCGCGCAAGAAGAAGAAAGACUGUGUCAUCAUGUAGAUGCUGCAUGAACCACGCGUGGAACGAUAUACCC